UGCAUAUUUUGUACAAUUUUUAAGAUUCCUUUGGAAAUAUUAUUAGAAAACCAUUUGAACCAUACGUACUUUAAUUUGAGUAAGAGUUAUUAAAUACUCUUUAAUUAACCGAUGUUGUCCUGAUUCGAGUCUAAAUGCCGUCGUCGGUUGGAGUUGGAGUUCUCCAGGAGUCCUUCCAUCUCCGAUGUGCACAAUCUUCGAACCCGAAUCAGGACAGUAUCAGUUCACUUACUGGCCACGAAAGCCUUUACAAAUUUGUCAGACCUUUUAUUAAUUUACAAUGGUUUAAUUUAAGGGAGUGAUGAAAAUAAUGGGGCUUCCUGAAUGGAUGUACUGGCUCUCAUGGUUUAUAAACAUAUUAAUAUUCUACGUGAUCUCGAUAGUUUUUAUAAUAUUGCUUUUAAAAAUCCAGUGGUUCUCCAAUAGGAGAAAAGUAUUUGCUAGAGCAAAUCCAAUUAUAUUAUUUAUUUUUUUAUUUCUUUUUGCAUGUGCCACUUCAGUAUUCGCGUUUAUGAUUAGCAUAUUUUUUAAAAAAGCCAGCAACGCUUCUGCUGCGGCAGGAUUAAUAUGGGUAUUUUCUUAUGUACCUUUUUUGUCCAUAAAAACUAAUUACGAAGGUGUUCAUUUGGGACUUAAGAUAUUUAGUUGCAUUUCUUCAAAUACCGCUCUGGGAUUUGGAAUGAAACAGUUAGUAGCUUUCGAAGCACAUGAAAAUGGUUUACAGUGGGACAAUAUAUGGGGCAGAUCAUCACCCGAUGAUAGUUUUGUUUUUGGUUACGUUCUCGUAAUGUUGCUAGUUGAUUGUGUAAUAUACAUAGUCUUAGCGAUAUGCCUUGAAAAUUUUUUUGUAGGGAAUCGCGUGAAGGAACAUGUGUUACAUAUUUUAUAUAAGAUACGUAAAAAGAUCAAGGCACCUUGGAAAAAAGAAACAACCACUACAUCUACUGUACAAAACAAAGACUCAAAUGAUGAUAAUACCCUAGAACCAUUUCCUCAAAGUGGGAUAGUCGUUAAAAAACUUACAAAAGUGUUUGCUGGAAAAGAAGUUGUAAAAAACGUUUCUAUGACAGUUUACCAAGACCAAAUAACAGUUCUUUUGGGUCAUAAUGGUGCCGGGAAAACGACUCUGUUAUCAAUGCUUACUGGGUCACUGUCACCCACUGAUGGAACAGCAACAAUUGGUAGUCGCGAUAUUUUAAAAGAAAAACAUCGACAAAAUUUGGGGUUUUGUCCUCAAUUUGACAUUCUGUUAGACGAAUUGACUGUAUCUGAACAUUUGUACUUAUUUUGCAAAAUAAAGGGAAUGGUUGAUGCUAAACUUAUUACAGAAGAAAUUGAUAAGUACGUUGAUAUGUUGAGCCUUCAACCAAAAAAAAAUGCUAGGGCAUUGACGUUAUCAGGUGGUAUGAAAAGGAAAUUGUGUGUUGGAAUCGCACUGUGUGCUAAUUCAAAGUUUGUAAUAUUUGAUGAACCAUCAGCAGGAAUGGAUCCCAAAGCAAAGAGAGGAUUGUGGGAUGUGCUACAAUCUCAGAAAGAUGGUAGAACGUUGAUAUUAACUACACAUUCAAUGGAUGAGGCGGAUAUUGUUGGUGAUAGAAUUGGUAUUAUGUUAGAUGGUAAAUUAGAGUGUAUAGAUACCAGCUUCGCUUUGAAAAAGAAAUAUGGGCUGGGAUAUUUUUUAAUCGUUGAAAUUGUACCGUAUGCAAAUGUUACAAAGACAACUGCAGUCCUAAAAACCGUCAUACCAGAUAUACAGAUAGAAACCGCCACUAGUUUUGAAAUAAAAUAUCGAAUACAAGAGAGUUAUUCUAAACAACUGCCUCAAUUGUUAAAAAUGCUGGAGGAAAAUGGUAAAACAUUAGAAAUAAUACGUUUUGGAGUGUCCUUCACUACAUUAGGAGACGUCUUUUCACAAGUUUUGGUUUCACCAUCUGAUCAAGAAGAUAAUAAAUUACAGGAAACAGGCAAUUUAAAUAUGAGUAUUGACGGAAGUGAGCAAUUAUCUGAAAUUUUUACCGAGGGAAGUAAAAAGAAUUCUAGAGGAUAUUCAUUGUAUCUAUAUCAAUUUCUAGCAAUGCUUAUGAAGAGAGCAUUUUUAUUUCGCCGAUCACUAUUUCUAUUUGUUUUACAAAUAACAGUGAUUAUUACUCUUACUGCGAUCGCCAUAAGUAUUGGCCGAGAAGCCAGUAACAUACGGCAACCUGCCUUGUCUAUAAAUUUAAAAGCAUAUAAAAACGCUACUACAGCAGUUACCGGACAAACUAAUAAUAUUUAUUACAAAAGUUACAGAAGAGCUGCUUUAAAAGAUAGCUCACAUUUGAAGGACUGGAAGGAUGGCGACUUUUCGGACAAUAUGCUACAUGAGACAGUAAAAAACAUGGAUCUUGUAAGAACUAAUUACAUAGUUGGUGCAUCUUUCCAUAGCAACAAUGUAACUGCAUGGUUUAAUAACAUUCCAUUACAUAGUGCCCCUUUGUCACUUUCCAUGAUAAUUAAUGCUAUUCUUGAAGAAGAAGUUGAUGCUCAGCAUCACAUUUCUUUUGUACAGCAUCCUGUAGACUUCGGCUCGAGAUCAAAGCUCGACCGAAUAUUUCACUCCAAAUCUGUAGGAUAUCAAUUAGCCUUUUAUUAUGGAUUUGCAAUGGCGUUCAUUUCGUCCUUUUUUCUAAUUGUUUAUAUUUACGAACGACAGAAUAAAUUUAAACAUCUGCAAUUCAUAUCGGGGGUCAAACUGUCAGUGUAUUGGCUGACUUCAAUUUUGUGGGAUGCCAUAAUUUUUGCUGUUAUGAUUGUGAUUACUAUAAUCACACUGGUGUGUUUUCAAGAGGACGGCUACAGUACUUCGGAUGAUUUCUGGAGACUAAGCAUACUUUUAGGGUGUUUUGCUUUCUCUUCGUUAUCAACAACUUAUGUGUUAUCGUUUGCCUUCAACUCAUCGGCAAGUGGAUUUGUCUGGAUGUCAGUUUUAAAUUUAUUUACAGGAGUUACAUCGUUUAUGGUUGUGGGGAUUCUAAGGGAUGAAAUAAUCAAUUUAUCAGACACUGCCGAUAGUUUACAUAAAAUAUUCAUUAUAUUCCCUCAUUACGCGUUGCCCGUUGCGAUGGCAGAUAUGCAUCGUAUUUUCUCGUUGCGUAAAGUGUGCUAUGAAAUGAUUAUGGAUUGCGCCGAUCGUUUAUCAAUCGAUUCAUCACUGUCCUGUUCUGAUCUUAUUUGCAACCGUGCUUCUGCAUGCUGUAAUUUAGAAACAGACUAUUGGGAUUGGGAUGAACCGGGUAUAGGAAAAAUCCUUAUAUACCAAGUUAUCGUCGGUGGAAUUUUCUUUAUUAUCCUGUGUAUGAUUGAAAGCAAUAUUCUGUCAGUAUUUCGAAGAUUUAAGACAUCAUUUGUGGAAAUUCACAGAGAAAAUAUUACCGAUGAUGAUGUCAACCAGGAGAAAAAUAAUGUGAACUUCAUACUCGAGAGUAACAUAGAAAAUCAAUACGCAGUUGUGCUGAAAGAUAUGUCCAAAACUUACAAAGGCAAUAUUGCUGUUAAUCGAUUGAAUUUGGCAGUGAUGCCCGCCGAAUGUUUUGGCUUGUUAGGGCAGAACGGGGCUGGAAAAACCACUUUAUUCAAAAUGAUGACGGGGGAUAUCUCUAUCACUUACGGAAAUGCUUGGCUAGAAGGUAACAGUGUAAAGGAAGAAAUUGGGAAAGUUCGCAAGAGUAUUGGAUACUGUCCCCAAUAUGAUGCCCUGCUUAACGAAUUAACCGGGAAGGAAAUAUUAAUAAUAUUCUGCUUAAUAAAAGGAAUUAGGUUGAAAAAUAUCAAAGGCUCUAUAACAAAAUUGGCCGAAUUGUUUAACUUUUCGGAAUACCUAAACAAAAAGAGUGGAAAAUAUAGCGGUGGAAAUCGAAGAAAACUCAGCACAGCAAUUGCAUUUACUGGUAAUCCGUCCUUAGUCUAUUUGGAUGAACCAAGCACAGGAAUGGAUCCGGCCUCACAGCGUCACAUAUGGAAAAUAUUGCACAGGCUAAGGGCUAGUGGGACCAGCAUUAUACUUACAUCCCACUCGAUGGAAGAAUGCGAAGCAUUAUGUACCCGUUUGGCUAUAAUGAUCCAUGGAAGUUUUAGGUGUUUGGGAUCGAUACAACAUUUGAAACAUAAAUUCAUGGGAGGAUAUAUUUUGAGCAUAAAGGUUUUGGAAUAUAAACUGGAAGUAGUGGAACAGUUCGUCAAAGAAAAUUUUAAAAACGCCAAUUUGAAAGAGAAAUUCGUGGGUUUCCUUCGGUAUCAUAUCCAAGAGCUUACAGUGCCUUUGUGGAAAAUGUUUUCCUUAUUGGAAGAGAGAAAACAAAAAACUGACAUUGAGGACUAUUCAUUAGGACAAGCGGGUUUGGAGCAGAUUUUCAUUUACUUUGUGGAAAGUACGGAAACACAGCAAUAACUGUCUUUUAUACAUGAUUAUUUACUCAAUACUUAAUGUAAAGUUUGAAUUGUAAAACCCUCGAGUUUUAAGUGAACAUAAUGGAUAUGUUCUAUAAAAAUGCAAAAUGUGAUAAAUUUAUUACCAAAUAUAUCUGUAAUUGUUCUUUUA